AUGGCUGGCUUAUCUAUGGCUGAAUCCGGUGGUAGCCGAGACUUCCCUGCCAAGCUUACAUUGCAGGUCUUCGUUUGUAGCAUCAUUGCAUCCUUUGGUGGCCUCAUGUUUGGCUAUGAUAUUGGCAUUUCCGGAGGAGUGACGUCAAUGGAUGAUUUCUUGGAGAAAUUCUUUCCAACUGUAUAUCACAAGAAGCAUGAGGCGAGAGAAGAUAACUAUUGCAAAUAUGAUAACCAAUUUCUUCAACUCUUUACCUCUUCUCUCUACCUAGCAGCUAUUGUUUCUAGUUUUAUAGCCUCUUUAUUUUGCAAAAAAUUCGGCCGAAAACCCACUAUUCAAGCUGCGUCUAUCUUCUUUCUUGCUGGAGCCAUUUUAAAUGCUUUUGCGCAGGACCUUGGCAUGCUAAUUGCUGGAAGGAUUUGUCUAGGUGCUGGAGUUGGAUUUGGUAACCAGGCGGUGCCUUUGUUCAUAUCAGAAAUCGCACCUGCAAAAUAUAGAGGAGGCCUUAACAUUUGUUUUCAGCUGCUAAUCACAGUGGGCAUUCUGAUAGCAAAUCUGAUCAAUUAUGCUACUUCAAAAGUGCAUCCUCAUGGCUGGAGAGUUUCACUAGGUGGAGCUGCAGCUCCUGCUAUAAUUCUCCUCGGUGGGUCUCUUCUAAUCACGGAGACCCCCACAAGCCUUUUAGAGCGGGGAAAGAAUGAAGAAGGUCUACGUGUUCUGAAGAAGAUUAGAGGUGUUGACAAUGUAGAUAAAGAAUAUGCAGAGAUUUUGAAUGCUAUUGAAUUGGCCAAACAAGUCAAACACCCCUUCAGGAACCUCAUGAGUCGCUCUAAUAGGCCUCAACUUAUUUGUGGCACAAUUCUUCAAUUCUUCCAGCAGUUCACUGGCAUCAAUGUUGUCAUGUUUUAUGCUCCAGUACUGUUUCAGACUAUGGGUUAUGGCAGUGAUGGGUCACUAUUAUCAGCUGUAGUCACUGACUCGAUCAAUGUAGCAUGCACAUUGGUUGCAGUAUUUCUUGUUGAUAUAAUUGGAAGAAGGAUAUUGCUCAUAGAAGCUUGCCUUCAGAUGCUUGCUGCCCAGUCCAUAAUGGGAAGGAUUCUUGCUGUGCAUUUGAAAUCUACCAAUAUCAUGCCAAACGGUUCUGCUAAGCUUGUGGUCAUCUUGAUCUGUGUAUUUGUGUCUGGUUUCGCAUGGUCAUGGGGUCCUUUAGGCUGGUUGAUUCCCAGUGAAAUCUUCCCUCUGGAAACAAGAAGUGCUGGUUUCUUCUUUGCUGUUAGCAUGAACAUGUUUUGUACCUUCCUAGUUGCCCAAGCAUUCCUCACAGUGUUAUGCCACAUGCGCUCUGGAAUUUUCUUCUUCUUUGCUGCCUGGAUUCUUGUGAUGGGUCUUUUUGCUAUUUUCUUUCUGCCUGAGACAAAGGGUGUCCCAAUUGACGAAAUGAAUGAAAGGGUAUGGAAGAAGCAUUGGUUCUGGAAGAGGUACUAUAAGGAUUCUGAUGCUAACAAGAGAUCAAGCCAGGAAAUUCAAGAUAAAUCAGAGGAAGAGACACUAGAAUAA